ACUACAUUAAACCUCCUUUAGCCAACGAGCAGGGACCCGGAUGUUCAUGUUUGUGUGUUUAACGUGUUGUAGUGUCCUCCUGCUGCGUUUUAUCCUGACGUCACACAGCGUUAGUUCGAUUCUCCAUGAAUGAACAUCAACAGAUCCAGCUCAACACAACACGGAGACUAGUUCAGGUUUGAUGGAGGACUAGUCAAGUCAUGGCCUCAGCUCCAGCACAGCAGCCGACCCUGACUGUUGAGCAGACCAGAGUGGUGCUGAGUGAGGUGAUCCAGGCCUUCUCGGUGCCAGACAACGUUGCUCGGAUGGAGGAGGCUCGGGAGAGCGCCUGCAACGACAUGGGCAAGAUGCUGCAGCUGGUUCUCCCCGUGGCCACUCAGAUCCAACAGGAGGUUCUCAAAGCCUACGGCUUCAACAACGAAGGAGAAGGCGUCCUCAAAUUUGCCCGACUGGUGAAGAUGUACGAAACCCAGGACCCGGAAAUAGCAGCCAUGUCGGCUAAACUGAAGUCUCUGCUGCUGCCACCUCUGUCGACACCACCUAUAGGUGGCGCCAUCCCAGCUUCAUAGGAACUCUUUACAUUCAAUUGGUCUUUUUUUUCUGUGACUUUCAUUUAAUGCUUUGGGUCUGUGUGACCAUGCCGCAAUUUCAAAAUCACGUCUAGAGAAUUAGUGUGUUCAAGCAUAAAAAUAAACCCAUGAUUUACAUGUACAUUAUGAUUUCAUUUGAAGCAUCUUGUUAAAUUAUUGCUUUUGAAAUGUUUCAGUAUUUAUUUGUUACUCGAUGACCACUUUCUUAUGUCGCUGAACCUUAAACAUUUCCUUUAGUUCCAUAUUUGACAUUCUUUUAUACCAUUUUUAUAUUCUAUCAAAUGUAUGUCUUUUGUUAUACAGUCUGGUCCAAACUGUAUAUUGAUAUUAAAAAGGCUUUCUGUGAA